GACUUCGCCCUUAAUCAACAAAAAAACAUAACCUAUUAAUAUAUGCGGUGUCUGUUUGCUUGAGUAAUAUGAGUAAUAUAUCUUUUUUAAAGUUUUAAGUAUAUAUCAAGUUUUCACAUUUUUUUUUAUAGAAUUAAUGUAAAAGAUUCAUAUUAAAAAGAAAAUUCAAUUGGAAUUGCUGUGACAAAAAGAUUUUCAAGUGUUUUUGUAAUACUUGAGACAAGAAACGACAUGAGUGACAAGUAUCAAAUAAAAGUAUCAACAUCAUUUCCUACAGUCACUGAUGCAAAAAUAAUUUAUGAUGUUAUAAGUGUUGAUAAAGGGCCUCGAAGAAGUGGUACUACAAGAAUUUUGAGUGUCAACGAUAAUUCUGUAGAAGCGUGUCGUGGAUUCGUGAUGGACACGUCAAAGGAUAUUUCUCCAAUCGGAAUUAAGUAUUUUAAUUACUCGUUGCGCUUGCUCGACCUUUUUCGGAAUUGAAGCGCAUGCGUUGAUAAACGUGAGUAGUGAGCAGCAGGGGCAAAAAGAGAAGAGAUUUCACCGAUCGAGUUGGGCGCCAGAGCUCCGCGUAUUCGGGUCGCUUUAGUUGGUUGAAGAAGAAACAGAACAGGACACACUCACAGGAUUAUUAAGGACAAUGGCACUUUUCCGUUAUAGCACGAGGCGAUGCUUGGAGCUGCAG